AUGGCCGCCACCUCGCUUGCCGAUAGCACAGCCGCCUUAUUCGAGAAGCAGGCGAGCAACCUUGGUUUGGAAGAUGAAUGGAUUCAGGGGCUCAAACGUUUGGGCAUCAUGAAUUUGGGAGGCCUUGCUUUUGCGUGCGGCCAACCGGGAAGCCCAGUCCCUGAAGCUGAUGUCAGGGCCUUGCUGGACCAGGCGGUCAGUGGCAAAGCCAUCACGGUAGGCGACGUUGUGGUGAUGAAGAGGUUGAUUUUUGAAGCCCAGACGUCAAUGGUGGCGUUGUCGAGGGCGCAUGCUGACCCUGCAGCUGAUCCGAGCACUCGCAAGAUGCCGACAGCAGAGCGGGCGACAAGAUUGGCUGCCCAGAAGUUGCGGCUGACAGGCCUGGAUCUCCAAGGCACCCUCGAAGUUGCUCACUCAGUCUAUGACGUGAUCAACGGGAUGGUGGAGGCCGACACUUUGAAAUACCUGUCUCCGGCCAAAUGCAUUACCAGGAUGCAGGAGAUCACUUCUGCAAAGCCCCCCAAAGAAUUGAAGCUGGACUCAAGUGGGAGCGGCAUCUUGGUCAAAGACGCACAGAAUGAGCAGACCUGCUCUGUGAGCGGCGAGCUGGACAUCAUGGAGGCGAUGACCAGGAGAUCUCUGGCAUUUGAUGCGGUGGGGGUUGCAGACUUCGAGACCUUCCAGAAGUGGAUCCAGUGCCUCUUUCAGAUGAUGAGGCAACCAGCCCCACCAGGGUUCCGGGCGCCGUCAGUGACUCAGCUGCUCCGUGCAGACCGGCAGGCUUCUGUGAAAAUGCAAGAGCUCACUCGCGAUGGGAUCAAGCCCAAGGGAGACGGCACACGCCCACUCGACAAAAUCUUGGAGGACAUGCACAAGGACCACUCCGUAGUGUACUACAUGUUGCCCACGGUGGAACCUCAGAAAGCCGCUCCGAAAGCCAGGCCGGACAAGCCCGAGAAGCAAAACUGGGGCGCUCCUUGGAAAGGCAAUGAGUCGAGCUCGUGGCGCAGCCCGAAACAGGGGCAAUGGAAGCAGAAGAAGGGAGCCACAGGCCAGAAUGGUGGCAAGCUCCCAAUGCAGCUGAAGGGGACGGGUCAGCCCCGUCGCAAUCUGGAAUUCAAUGCAAGCCCAGUGGCACUGUCGAAGAACAACCGCCACACAUUGGUGGCAGCGACCUACAGAAGUACAGCAGCAAACCUCAAGAGGAAGGCUGGACUGGUAGGAACAUUUGGCGUCGACCACAUAGUGAAGGCUGGCAACAAGGCACCCAUUGUGAAGGUAGAUAUCGCGACCCCAGAUGGGGAAGAACUUGCCAGGUCCUACAUCAAUAGCCCCUUGUGUUGCCGUCUCAUCGUGCUUUGCAUCUUGCGAGGAGUUCGAUGGAGUUUGGAACAGCCUGCUAGGUCAUGGUUUUGGGCAACAAGUUUUUGGCAGUUUGUUUUAACCUUUGCGCAGCCCCUCUACGUCACUUUCCAUGCAUGCAUGUUCGGCGGCCAGCGACCCAAGAAAACUACGAUUGCCACAGACAUCAACGAACUCACCGAGCUGGCAUGUGAGUGUACCAACCAACACUCACACUUGCCUUGGGGCUACACGCCCGAGGGCUUUGCCACAGCAACCGAGGUAGAGUACCCCCUAGAGCUGUGCAAACAAUGGGCCGCAAUCAUUGCGCGUGUCGUUGAGCGCACCUACAAGGGAGCCUUGGAACCUUUGCCAAGCCACCCGGACAAGAAAGCCAGAGCCCACAGCAUGAAGCAGACCAGGAAGUCCCUUGCCUUCAUGCCCGAAUGGAGCCAUGUGGAGACUCAAAACCUUCCAACCACGCCACCACUUACAGUGGGCACCAAGCUUCCAGAAGCUUUUCAGCAAGACUCCAUUUGCAUUCCACAACACACGCGCAUUUUGCGCAUCACAGCGGCCCCUCACCAUGAGCAAGAUGGGGGGGAGAACGCUCAUAGUGGAGUUCAAGUUGCUUUUGGCGUCCCCUGGAGUGAAGAGGGCUUCAUAGAGGUCAUCCAUAGGAACAAUGCCACUGCCAACUUCGAAGCCUUAGUCUUGAAGAGAGCGCAGUGGUUCAGAACAUGGACGACACGUGCAUUUGAGCUCAGAGCCGAAGAGGCCAAACUGCAUGACAUGAGAGAUGGCUUCAGCUUGGUGGGGACGGCAGAGGGUGGAGGCAUUUUGCCCGCUGAGUUUCAACCUGCCACAUUGACCAUCAAUGACCUGAGCAUGCACUCAGGACGCAGCAAUCGGGCAGUUUUUCACUCCACCAAGUCAAGCGGCAAUGAAGUAGUGGACGCUGAGUUGUGGCGCAAGACCCAAGCUGAAGUUGAGAAGGGUUGGCUUGCCGAGCUCCCUGGCCUGCCCAAAGAUGAUGGCCGAGUGUCCAGGCGCUUCGCUGUGGUUCAAGCAGAGGACAAGGUGAGGCCCAUAGACAACUACACUGAGUCACAGAUCAACGACGCUGUCAACAUCACUGGACGCUGCACUGUUGACGGAGUGGAUACCAUCAGCGCCAUGGGAGCUGAGUUGAUGAGAGCCCUAGGCAUGGGGCGACUUCCCAAGAAGCUGAAAGGGAGGAGCUUCGACCUCAAGAGCGCCUAUCGUCAACUUGCAGUAAAAGAUGAUUCGUUGAAAUGGGCGCGACUUGCAGUAUUUUGCCCUGAAGAUCGUAGCACACGUUGUUUUCAACAGUUUUCGCUGCCUUUUGGUGCAAAGGCUAGUGUGGUGGCCUUCCUUCGUUGUGCCAGAAUGAUCCAGUGGCUGGCCCACCAUUGA